UUAAUUGAGUUAGACAAUUAUUCAUGACCCUAACAAUCAAGUUUUUGCUCCAUGUGCACGGAAAGUAAAAGCCGUCCACUUAGCUUAACUUGACAGUCCAUGCUCAAGACGGCAUAACGGUCUUUCCAACUUUCCUGCUACAUGAUUUGAGAACGGGACGAUGUCGAGUGAGUUUGUCCCGCUAGCUGAAGUAAACGACACGACCUACGACCCCCCAACCCCAGAGGAACCACCAUUGGACGGUCGAUUGCUGGGACACUGGGCUUUAGACGGCACGGAAGAUGACGUCACUAUCUCUGGUGAUGACAGAUGGAUGAAGUUUAUACGAGCUGAAGAUGGUCGCCAGGCGUUGACGUAUUGGUUAGAUCAGGUCGGUUCAUCCGCUGAGAUACCCGCGUUUCAUGUGGAUAACUCCAGCUUCACGGUUUGCCUGUGGUUUUGUCUGGGUUCCGAGUGUGACAUUCUGCUAUUAGCUGAUAACACGAAUCCUCGGCAGUUUUCAAUAAGCUACCAGAACAAUUGUCUCCAAGUUGUGCUUAAAGGAGAGAGUGGGAACGAUGUGCUUAGCAUCAAGGGAAGCGAAAUGCCUCAUCAGAAAUGGGCCCACAUUGCGUUUGUUUGGGAUCAUGAUGCAAAACAAGGCGAAAUCUUCGUUGAUGGACACUCGGUUGCUAUGGGAACCUCUGUGUGCGACAAGGGCUGCUUGGCCCAAGUGUAUGUGCAGCGCUUUGUCCUGGCUUGCUUUUUAGCUAUUGAGGCAGUCUCGAUGCGCUAUGAUUUCAUCUUCAGAAUGAGGGAGCUGAUGGUGUUUGGGUGUGCGCUGACGAGAGAACAGAUAUCAGGAACUAUAGCGUUAACAAGAAAAAGGAGCUACCAGCUGAAGGGAAUUCCGUCUCCUUCAAAAUUCCAGCAGGAUGAGGACCAAGAAAACGAUAAAGACCGCGAAUGGGCUGAGGUCUCACUGGACGCCAGCCUUGGACCAAAGCGUUUUUCAAUUGUCUUUGAGUGCUAUUCGCCAGAUGAAGAUCCGCCAGAGUUACUUCCGCGACAACUGUUUUCACAGAGCUCCGCUGACCAUGAUUUUAGGAUGAUCUUGGAAACAAAUGGUUUAAUAACCGUGCGCCUGCACAUAACCAAGAAUAAUCUCCACGCGACCUACACCUCAAAAACUAAGAUUGGCCCUCACAUACAACCCGUAGGGUUCACUUGGGAGCCAAGACUGUGCAAGGGUGUAAUUUAUGUCAAAGGCGAAGAUGACACGGGUACCCUGUGCACGGACUCGUGGGCUGAUUCCCUAGACGACAGAUGUCGUAGGCUGUGCAAAGAGCGGAAUGUCCUUGUUCAGCUGAUUGGACGUUGCGCACGUCGUCAUCAGGUCGCCCAGACUGUUCUACCUCCCGUCUUCUUUGAGAAAGAAUAUUUGAAGAGUAAUCUUGAGAUGUAUUUACUGUCGCCGGGAGGCCCCGAAAGUGCAGAGAAGAACAUUACUCCCAGAAACCUUUGCGCUGUCGGAAAUCCAAUGGCAGAGGCAUUUAUGCUCCAAUCCCAUUUGCGGGAACAAGGCCGGGAGUAUUAUCCAUGGGCACAGCAGCGUUUUGACGACUUGGCGGAUUCAGUGGAGCAAUUUGCAGUUGAUUUUAUUGGUCAGACGGAAGGGGAGGGGUCACUGGAGUUGGUGGACAAAACCAUCCAGCAAGCACUUUUUUAUGAACAAAAAAAGUUUCUAGCUCAGCCUAACAUCCAUCGCCUUGUCGAGGAACAAUGGGGCAAUGAGACCGGCUCAUUACUGGUCCUGUUUCUUAUCGUUCUGGAUUCGCUUCUCUACCCAUUGCUACUAGUACUUUUCUGCUCCAAGAGGAGGUACACAGCUGUUUACUUAAGAUACACGCUUGUACCGCUUGUCUGUUUCACCAAGGACUUGGUGAGUCAAUUUACUUUCAUCGCGUUGCACAUGGCGGUCUGCCUUAGUCCUUCUAGUGUCCAGCCCACCGCGGUAGAGUACGUCAUUCUUGUCUUCUUUCUCGGUCGCAUAUUGGCCGAGGUCCAACAGUAUCAGCGGUCACGAUCCAAGAUUUACUUCCGCGACAUGUGGAACUACCUGGACAUAACAAUCAUCCUAUGCUACAUAACCAUAGUGAUUGUCCGGAUUGUGACCAUGGCCAAGUCCGGUCCGGUUCAGGGUAACAAUCUACUGGCUGGUGUCAUGUAUAUGUACGGAAUUAACACACUCUUCCUGAUCUUGCGUGUUUCCAGCGUGCUGGAGCUCAACAGAACAACAGGUCCCCUGCAACUUGCCCUGAUGCGGAUGCUUGUGGACCUGUGGGUCAUCAUCGUGCAGUUUGUCGUCGUCAUUCUUGCCUUUUCGUUCGCCAUCACCAAGGUCUACUUUGCCCAGCGCUCUCUGGCGAUGGGUCAGACAGAAACUAAUGCGACUUACUCCGGUUUCUGUCCCCUUGAUGGAGGAAACUGCUUACGAAAGACUACAGAAAGCCUUGUUUGGUCGUUGUUCGGCCUAACAGACCUCGAUUCAAUAGCAACGAAUAAUCGGGCUGCCAGCACCCUAGCAUACUAUCUGUACGCCAUCUUUCUCGUCAUCUGCGUCGUCAUGUUACUCAACACACUCGUCGCGCUGCUCAACAACACCUAUGAAGACAUCAAGUCCAACUCCGACACCGAGUGGAAGUACGUCCGUGCCAUGUACGCUGACCAGUAUAACCGCUGUCACCCGUUCCCUCCGCCUGUCAACCUCAUUACAGUGCCCCUGAGCUUGCUACUCGAUAGACUGAGGCGAGCUGCUUGCGUAAAGAGGAUGGAAAACUCAAAAUAUCGUAUUGCUAUCCAUUUUGCUAAAAUUAUCCUGUACGCCGGCCAGCCGCCUGAUCACGUGCAUGGUGAAGUGUUCUUAAAAAGAAAGUGUACGAAUCUUACCAGAUGGGCUUUAGACUUACUUUACUGGGAAAACACCAAGAAGCGUUACCUGGAGAAGUUUGGAGAAAGUUUCCCCGACCAAGAUGAUAACAAUAUCGGCAAAGUGCACGAGGAGGUUGUGAAAACAAGGGACAGAAUCACACGCUCACUCGCCCUGAACCUUUCAGACCCGACCAGUCAAGCUGAGACCUGGCGAACAUGCGGAGAGAUGUUAGUGCGGAACUCACUGCUCAUGCGCGCUGCAAACGCAGGCCCUUUGGACGCACAUGUCGACGGAUGUCCAAUAUACGGCCAGGGGAUCCCUGGUGAUUAUGCCAUUGCGCAUAACAUGACCCCCCUGACCAAGGACAAUCCAAGCUUUGAGGUCUACAUAAAAAACGCAGAAGAUGACAUCGAGAUCUCUGUGGGAGUCGUUCCCGAGAACUACCCGCUGUGCGAGCCACCUGGGUCGAUCGCGGGCUCUGUUGCUUAUUUCGCAAGGGAUUCUGGGAUCGUGAUGACUGGAGCUUCUUUAGAUAAGGUGUAUGGAGUCGAGCAGGAAUGCGAAGGCGAUCAACUGCAACGCGAUGACAUCAUCCGGUGCACACUAGAUUUCUCCGAAGAAUCAAGCUAUGGUGUACCGAUCAGCUUUGAAGUCAACCAGAAAUGCGUGUGGCGCGGUGUUGUGCACUUCCAGCGCAGGGUUCCCGCGUCAUUUUAUCCACGCAUUGCCAUAGGAAGUCCCGGAUUGGCUGUUAUUUAUCAGGGCUUGGGGAGUUACGGGUCAAGGCCAGCAGCCACCGAGCCUCCUGGCGAUACCACAGGGAACCCGGCGUUGAAGGAACAGAUGGAUGUGAAGUUUCACGAGAUGCAGGAGAAGUUUCAGGAGAUGCAGGAGAAUUUUCAGGAUAGGAUGGAUAGGGUGGAACGCAACAUUGAAGCUCUGUUGGAAAUAGCAAGAGGAAGGAGGGAGGCUGAGCCUGCCGAUAAAUGAUGAAUGGUCAGCGGUGGUGUGAUGUUCGAACAAAUUCUUUAUUUGUUUCAACUAAGGUUUAAACGAACACGACUAAGCAACCCAAACAAUAUGAGUUUGACUCUUUUUUUUGUUCCUUAGUAUUAACAUCUUUUGUUAGUUCGUUACUUUGAAUUGGAAGAAAACCAAUAAAACACCCAUUUACCAA